AAUUUUCGGAGACGAUUGUUUAUGUGCGACGAGAAAGUAGAAAAACGUUGAUUUUUUAUAAUUUAGUUUUUAUUUAAAUUUAAAUCUUCUUGCUAAACGAUAAAGCGGAGUGUGGAUCUAUUGAAAAUAUCUUAAGCAGCUUAAAGCAAAUAAAACAUUUGCAUUUAAAAUUGGCAUACAAUUAAGCGCAAAUAUUGAACUAAAAAAGAACUUUAACGCACACUUACCGCAGUGAAAAGAAAAAUAUGAAAUGUGUGGAAAUAAAAAAUGAAAAAAAAAUCAGUUAAAAACUGAGUGCAGUAAUUAAAAAGACGCUAUAGUUAAAAAAAACGAACGUUUAACACGAAAAAGCUGUAGGCUAAGCCAAAGCCAUUGGCUGUACAUGCAAGCAUACAUUGUGUUGUUGCGCUUGCGUUGUUAUUGUUCUUGUUAGAAGGGUGCACUAAUUCCCUGCCACUAACACACACGCUCAAGAGCAUUAGUUUAAAAGCUCGCAACGCCCAUCACCAUCAAAAAUGGCGCCCACAACAACAAUUGAAACCAUUACAAUCACAAGGCCAUUGAAGGUCAUUGCAUUUAUAUGUGGUGUCAUCGUUGUCAUACUGAUGAUCAUGGCAUUAGCUUCCACGGACUGGUUAAUGGCUGCUGGCUGGCGUCAGGGUCUCUUUGUGCACUGCAUUGAGGAAGAUGUUGAAUCGCCGCUGCCAUUCAAUCUACAUGAUCCGCCGGGUUGUUAUGCUAGUCGUGAUGUGGCUUACAUCAAAGCCACAGCUGCUCUAUGUAUAAUCACAUUGAUAACUGAUGUGAUUGCCACCAUACUCACUGGCCUGGGUUUGAGAACACAAAAUCACAAUGUCAAAUACAAAUUCUACAGAAUCGCUGUGCUGGUGAUGCUGUUAUCAUUGUUGGCUGUCCUGUCUGCGCUGAUAAUAUAUCCAGUAUGUUUUGCUGGCGAACUCAAUUUGGCGAAUCGGCCAAUUUGGGAAUUUGGUUGGGCCUAUGGUGUUGGCUGGGGUGCAGCUAUCUUCCUAUUCGGCGCCGUUGUGCUACUGCUAUGCGAUAAGGAAUCGGAGGAGAUCUAUUAUAAGGAGAGAAAAAUUGUACAUGAAAACCAUAUGCGCGCCUAGGCCAGGCCGCACGACCUGCCUGACGUCGUUCUUUAGACAUUUAAGUAAAUUAUGCGAUUUCUACUGAUAUAAUACUACUAAACUACUACUAUUACAAAGAACAACAAUAUCUAUAAAUCAGCAAACAAACAACAGUAAAUCGUAAAGUUUAAAAGAUGAACGAGGAAAACAAAAAGUAUACAAAAUUAUAAGUGUGUAAUAUUGUCAUCAUUGCCGCCAAUCAACAUACUAGACAGACAGAAACAACAAUGCUGAAAUUGGAAGAAAGCAGUUUAACUAAUUUAACACAGAAUCCCAACACAUACGAAUACAAAAAACGAAUACAAAAACACAUACAAACAAAGUACAUAUACACGUGCAGCCUUUGUAGAUUGUCAGGUGCUGUAACGUAGCUUUUUUUUUAAAUAUCUUGUGUGAUAAAGCUACAAAAUGUGGUGUAUUUCUCUGUGGAAAUUUGUUGACCGCUAAAUCAAAAAUACUUAGGUGCAUAUCAAAUUCAAAUGUAAAUCAAAACUGAAUUUCGCAAGCGCUAAAACUUGGCAGUAGUUUCGAAUUUUACUGACACGCGUUGACGGCGCCGCCGCGGUUAAGGUGUAAAACACGCAUAUGAUACAUAUUUGAACUUGAAUAGAACACACGAUACACACAAAUACACUCGAAUAUUCACAUACAUACAUAUUUUUUGGCAUGCUAAUGAGCUGAUAUCAUUUGUAUAACCAAUUUUAACAAGUACAUAUAACAACAUAAAUGUAUUCAUGGUGAUCGUAUUUAACCGUUUAGCAUUUCAUAGUUACCUACAAGCAUACUAUAUCUACACAUAUGUAUAUUCAUCUAUAAUCGACGUACAUUGCAAUUAUGCACUUGCAUACAUAUAUAAACACACACAUAAGCAUACUAUGUAUUCAUACAUUUGCCAUUGUCUUCGAAAAUGCAUAGUUGCGCACAGAAAUUGUAUCUCAUAUAUGUAUAUGUAUCUCCUGUAACUUUUUAGUUGACCACCCACUUGACCUAAAAUCAUCUACAUGCAUUCCUUACUUUGUAUUCUUUUGUUUGCUUCUUUAUUGGUGUAACUUCCCACGACAAAAUGUAAAAAAAAA